CCUACUAUAUAAACAACAAAAACGAAUAGUCACAAAAUAACGCCCACAAUGAAGGUGUUUAGUGCUUUUAUCCUUGUUGCUACUACGUUUUCUGCUGCAUCUGCAGCUAAAAAAAUUGUGUGUUAUUACUCAUCAUGGGCUAUCUAUUAUGGAGGCGAUGGUGCGGUACAACCUGAAGAUUUGGACCCGAACAUGUGCACACACAUAAACUAUGCGUUCGUUGCUAUUAACAGUGAUGGUAGUUUGUCAGCUGAAGACGAAUGGGCCGACAUUGAUCAAGGUGGAUAUUCAAGAAUCAUUGCAUUGAAAGAAAAAAAUCCAAGUCUUAAAGUACUCCUCAGUAUCGGUGGUGCUGAUGCACCUUCUCAGACAUUUUCGAGCAUUGCUGCUAGUUCUGGAAAAAGAGCUGCUAUGGUAGGUAGCGCAAGGUGGUUUAUGGAAACUUAUGGUUUCGAUGGGGUAGACUUGGACUGGGAAGUUCCUGGAAGCGGUGAUAGGGAUAACUUUGUUUCUCUUCUUCAAGACUUCAAGAACGACUUCAACAAAAACGGAUGGGAAGUAAGUGCUGCUGUCAGUGCUGAUGUCAGCGAUGGUUACGACGUUUCCAGGAUAUCUGAUACUUUGGACCAUAUAAACGUGAUGACGUACGAUAUGUAUGGCCCCUGGAGCGACUACACAGGACAGAACUCGCCUCUUUGGGCUUCUUCUGUUGAAAGCGAUUGGGAGAAAAAUAAUCUAAAUAUGGAUGCUGCCAUCGGGCAAUGGAUAGACUCUGGGGCAAGUGCUGGUAAACUUAUAGCAGGAAUAGCGUUCUAUGGGCACAGUUUUACUCUUCAAGAUCCUGAUAAUAACUGGUUACAUGCUCCAAUUACUGGACCCGGAAAAGGUGGACCUAUUAUUAAAGAAGAGGGAAGCUGGAGUUAUUUAGAAUUUUGUGAACAAAGAGAUUCUUGGCAUUGUACUUGGGACGCAGAACAGAAAAUGCCUGUUUGCGUGAAUGGCAAUCAGUGGCUUGGUAUUGAUGAUGAAGGGUCUAUUCGUAACAAGGUUGCCUACAUUAAUUCAAAUGGGUUAGGUGGUGCUAUGAUAUGGUCUAUUGAUCAGGAUGAUAUUCACGGGCACUGUGGGGAUGCAAGACCUCUGUUGCAUGCAAUUAAAGAUAACAUUAAUUAAAACUGUUAACGGAAGUAUUAUAAACUACAAAAAAUAUACAGUAAAAAUCAAAUAAAUGAAAUUAAUUUCAACACU